AUGGUCGCAUUAACUCUUGUGAUCGCAUCGCUCCUCGUAAGCACUCUGCUUUAUCGAUGGUUCAGACGACCGUCAGUCAAGUACGUCAAGGGACCACCGUCGGCCUCUUUCUGGCUAGGCCACGAACGCGUUCUCCGCAAUCAAGAUAAUGCUGGUGAUCUCGAAACGAACUGGCGUAGGGAAUAUGGCACACUAUCGUGUUGGGGGCUGCUUUGGGACGUCCUGGUAGUGUGCGACCCCAAGGCUUUCGAACAUAUUUUCCACAAGUCACGACCUUAUCCAAAAUCGAAGGAUACCACCUUCAUCCUGAAUCUCUUCAUUGGCCAGGGGCUUGCCACUAUCACCUCACACAGCGACGAACCCCAAACGGCACGGAUAACAGGAGAAAACGAGCAAGGCUACGCGAAACGCAAGACUCCUUCACCUGCAGAGGGCGAAAUCUGGGCAGAGGUGAGCGAUAAGGCAGCUUCCUACGUUCUGGACAGUAGAGAUAACUAA